UAAAAUGCAGUUCAUUUGGCUAAUAUGCAUAGCAUUUAAUUUAUAUAUAGUCAACGCUUAUACAGCCUACAAUUUUGAUUUUGAGGAAACGGAACUGUGGCUUGAACAAAAGUUGGAUCACUUCAAUGACAGCGAUGCACGCACUUUUCAAAUGCGCUAUUUAGUAAGUGAUAGUUACUACAAGCUUGGUCAGCCAAUUUUUAUUAUUGUCAAUGGCGAAUGGGCAAUGGAAAAUAAAACUAAACUAAAUGGUUAUGUAUAUGAAAUGAUAAAAGGAUUUAAUGGUUACUUAAUAGAGACUGAACAUCGUUAUUUUGGCAAAACGCAGCCUUUCAGCAUUUAUACAGCUGAAACGCUGCAGUACUUGAGCAUGCAACAGGCGCUGGCUGAUUUGGCGCAUUUUAUAAAAUAUAAAAAGUCGCAUGUGCCAGCUUUGGCUAAAUCCAAAGUUUUUCUUAUUGGCUGCUCUUAUGCAGCGGGACUUGUGGUUCAUAUGCGUAAAUUUUAUCCCGAUUUGGUGGAUGGUGCUUGGAGCUCUUGCGGUGGUUUUAACUUUAGACUGGACAAUUCGGAUAAUUUUAUAAGUGUGGGCAAUGCACUGCGCAAAAUUGGCGGCGAUAUUUGCUACGAAGGCGUGUCUAACUUUAGUCAUGCUUAUGAAAAACACAAGCAAUUUAAUGAUGCAGUUUAUAAGCAGCUUGAAGCCAAGAACUUGACAGUGCAUUUUAAUAAUACACCCAGCAUUAUAAUGGUUAAUGUGCAGCAUCGCAACACAACUACUAUAGCCAAACUUUGUCAGAAUAUUACAGCGCUGCAUCAAAGCGCUGAUCUGUUUGGCUAUGGCCAGUUGUUGGCCAAGUUGCAAAGCCAAAUACCUGACGCUGGUAAAAAAACAGAUAUUAAAGCCACGCUGCAUAGCUCUUAUCGUCAAUGGCUUUGGCUUUGCUGCAAUGGCAUUGGCAAUUUUCUAAGCACAAGUUCGAUGAUGCAGCCAUUUGCCAAUUUAGAGCCUUGGGCACAUUCGAUUAAGGACUGCAAAAAGGAAUUUGGCGCCACAUACACCAUAGACUAUGUUCAAGCUCAAAUUGAGCAAGCUACGAAAUAUUUUGGUGGCUUAGAGCCAAAUGUUGAGCACGUUAUUUAUACCAAAAGUCAAUAUGAUCCUUGGCGAUUUGCUGGCAUACCCGAUGAGUGCGCUGUCAUUAUGCCAGAUGUGGGACACUGUCAUGAAAUGCGAACUCGCAAGGAAAAUGAUUUCCCAGGGCUUAUAGCAACUAGAGAAAAGAUAGUCGAGGCUUUUCGUAUUUGGAACGGCGGUGAAGGAUCAACAAGAGAAACGCAAAUGAAAUGUUAAACUAUAAAUAAAAUAAAUUGUU